CGCUGUAUGGCUGUAGGUGUGUGCUCAGAGCAGUUGACAGAGGUGACAUUCAUGCAUCACUCGUGUGGAAUAAGUACAAAAGACCGUUCAAAGUCCGGAUAUUUGUGUAAUUAUCAGCAUGCCCUGUGUGCAAACCCAGAUUGGGAUCCUGCCCAAUGACAGCCUCAGCUCUGAGUUCUUAAACACUGACCUCAAUGCCAAACUGGCAAUGGACAUCAGUGACCAGCUAGCAGCUACCAGUGAGCAGCUGUCUGCUUCUUCGUUGCCCAGCAUCAACACCUUGGUUGCCGGUGGCUACGUGGGGGAGUUUGAUGCCUACUCCUGCAAGGUCACCUCCACGGCCCCCGACCCAAGUGUCUCCUUCAGCCCUUCGCCCGUAGCUGGCGGCUCCAGCCCUCACCAAAACCUCAAGCUGGAUGACUUCCAGGUGUACGGCUGCUACCCGGGCUCCUUCGCGUUUGGCUACCUGGACGAGACCCUGUCCUCGUGCGGCUCGGACUACUACAACAGCCCGGUCUACGCCGCCGCCGCCUCGCCGUCGACGCCCAGCUACCAGCCCCCGGCCUCCAACAUAUGGGACGCCUUCAGCCCCUACUCCUCGGCCCCCUCGUCCGCAGCGGUGGAGAAGGCGGUUCUAGCACAUCAGCUCUCCUUUUUCACCUUCAACCACCCGACAGAGGAGCUCUCCCCCUUGGGCCAGGGGCAGGACCAGGUCACAGAAGACCCAUUCUCCCUAGUAGCCUGUCAGCAGUAUGCAUCCCCUCUCUGCUGCCCCCCCAUUUCCCCAGACCAAGGGGGUCUAGGGAGCCCUCGGUCGAUGGAGGGGAACAUGACGUCCCCGCAGACCUGCAGCCCGGCGUCCGGGGACGGUCGCUGUGCGGUGUGCGGGGACAACGCGUCAUGCCAACACUAUGGAGUGCGCACAUGUGAGGGCUGCAAAGGCUUCUUCAAGCGCACUGUGCAGAAAAACGCUAAAUAUGUGUGCCUCGCAAACAAAGACUGUCCCGUGGAUAAGAGGCGAAGAAACCGAUGUCAGUUCUGCCGUUUUCAGAAGUGCCUUAGUGUCGGAAUGGUCAAAGAAGUUGUCCGUACAGACAGCCUGAAAGGACGCCGGGGUCGUCUUCCGUCUAAACCCAAGACGGUUUCAGAAGCUUCUCCCACCAGCCCUCCUGUUAACAUCAUAGCCUCGCUUGUCCGGGCCCAUUUGGACUCAAACCCAACCUCGGGGAAGCUUGACCACUCAAAGUACCAGGAGACAGUGGUAAGCAUGUCGGAGAAGGAGGAUUCAGGGGAUAUCAAGCAGUUCUACGACCUGCUAUCUGGUUCCAUGGAUGUGAUCAAAAAGUGGGCAGAGACCAUACCAGGGUUCACAGACUUUUGCAACGAUGACCAGGAGCUGCUCCUGGAAUCGGCCUUCGUUGAACUCUUCAUCCUUCGAUUGGCCUAUAGGUCAAGUCCUGAGAAGAGCAAGCUGAUCUUCUGCAACGGCAUGGUCCUCCAUCGCAUGCAGUGUGUCCGCAGUUUUGGGGACUGGAUAGACUCCAUCAUGGAUUUCUCUCAGAACCUCCAUCGUAUGAAUCUGGACGUGUCCUCCUUUUCCUGUCUCGCAGCACUUGUCAUCAUCACAGAUCGCCAUGGCCUUAAAGAACCGACGCGGGUUGAGGACUUUCAAAACCAUCUGAUCACUUGUUUGAGGGAACACAUGAGCGGAAAUGGAUCGUACAAUAUCCGAACCCAACCCAACUACCUUUCAAAACUACUAGGCAAACUUCCUGAAUUGAGGACACUGUGCACCCAGGGCCUGCAGCGCAUCUUCUACCUGAAACUAGAGGACCUUGUCCCCCCUCCGCCUAUUGUGGAGAAAAUCUUCAUGGAUACCCUACCCUUCUGAAAGACAAAAAACUCAGUAUCAGAAAACUCAGUAUUGUAAAAGGGUGAUCACUUUUUAAGUGUGGAUCCAACCCUGGGGAAAAAAAGUUAUUCUGGGUUCUUCUCUGUUGACCAUGGUUGGAUGAGUAUCUGCUCCCCCUAGGUCAACCCUUUUCUAUUACACUGGCUUGGUAUGGCCUGGUGAAAGGGUCUUGAAAAGUAUUGGACUUGGAAUACUACAAAUAUCAAGUACAAGUACAAAGAAAUUGAUAUGUUUAUAUAUCAGCCCCUCACAUUUUUUUUACGUCUGAAGGCAUUAGACAUGGAAUAGACAUGUUUAUACAAAGAAAAUGGCUGAUUACAAAAAGACAGAAUGAACAUCUGAUUCAGAUUUUCAUCACUUUUGUUUGACAUGCAAAAAACGACUAGCUCUAGAGAUGCAGACAGAGUUCUCAACUCUGUGUAUGUACUUCUAAGUUAUGUAUUUAAAAAGAAUAUUUGUAUUGAAAAUGAACCUGCUGACGGUCUCGGACCAAAGUUUACAAUCAUAUUGUGGUUUUGAUUACAAUCAUAAAUGCCUUAAAUAAUUCAAAAUAUAUACACCGUAUUUGGUCUUCUGCCAUGUUCAAUGUUAAGGAUAGGCAGUUUGGUUUUCCCAUUGCCCAGAGCUAGAACUAUCAUAAACUAGCUCUUUGGAUAUAAUCUAUUUUGUUUGUGAGCAGCAAAGAUGAGCGUUUUUUUUUGCGCAAUUAGUGUCAUGUCUCAAAUUCAAACUAAGUCAUAUAGAAGGUGCAUUGAUGCCACUCUCCAGCUCCAUUCCAAACAGAACGGACCAAGGCCAUCGGUUUAAUAUGGCUAUGAAUCAAUCCCUUACAAGACUUCUUUGGCAUUAUAAACAGGUACAGUCAUAUAUAGACAAUCCUCUCAUACUUCCCCUUAUAAAUGGAUUCAUAUUAUUUUUCAAGAAAAACAACACUUUUAACUUAAUUCAUAACUAUAAAUGACAAUAUUUUUUUAAUUUGAGACGUAUCCAUUGCCCGAUCCACUGACCGUUACACUGAAACAUUCAAUAACAUAAUUGUGCGAGUUUUAUUUUUGUAUAGUAAGCUUUGUCAUAAUGUGUUGUCUUAUACAUUCUAUUCAAUGGUCAUAACUUCAGCUUCUAUAUAUUUGGUUAGCUUUUCAUCUAUAUAAGAAAUACACAUGAAAGUAACUUAUCGCUGACAUUAGUGAUAAAACAUGAGCAGCUAUACAAUUAAAAUAAAAAAGUCUCAAAUCUA